UCUGCCGCACUCUCCAAUCUGAAUGCCUAGUAAUGCUUCUCUUUUUUCUUGCGGCUGCAGCGAUGUUGGAGACUCUGUAGUCAGUCCUCUCAUGCUUGGUCUAAGUGAUUAAGUCAAUGCUGUCUCUAUCCACUAUAAUUACUCUUCCAUUAUUGAUAGCAUCUGCAAUUUCGAUUCCACGUUCACUCCCUGCAGACGAAAGAUGACGAAGACGGCCUUACGGGUCAAGUCUUGCAUUACCAUUUUCAUUCUCCCUGUUUCUUGAUUUCAUUCUGCAAAUCUUUUGUAGCAACAGUUUUUCUUUGCGUGUGUGUACGUAGCACAUAUACUGGCCAAUGGCUGCUAUACACGUUCUACUAAGUCCAUAAUGAUGACUUCAUCCAUUAUAUUAGUCUCGGACCUCUGGACCAUCAGUUUUCCGCUGUCAUCUUGAACCAUAGGUAUCUUAUCUUCUCCUCCAAAGUAAGGUCUAGCUGUGAGUCAUUUCUCUGCAGACCAAUUGUUCCAAACAACCAUGGCACCCACUUUGCUAGUAUAUCCUAGCAGGAAAACAAGGAAAACGGCCUUAAUUCCUGUUUUCCUUUCCAUCUUCCUGUUUUUGAGUUCAUCCUGCAAAUCUGAUGAGCAGCUCACACAUGCAAAGCCACUCACCCAAGGCGACAUACUCAUCUCCAAAGGUGCGGACUUUGCUCUCGGCUUCUUUUCCCCCAGCAGCUCCAACAACAGCUUUUACCUUGGCAUAUGGUACCACAACCUCCCCGGAUCACGCACCGUCGUGUGGUCCGCCAACCGAGACAACCCAAUCACCACCCCUUCAUCUCCGAUGCUCACCAUCACCAAUAGCUCUGACCUGGUGUUGUCAGACUCAGAAGGCCGCAAUAUUUGGAUGACAACAAGCAAUAUCACCGCUGGUUCGGUUGGAGCUGGAGCUUACGCAGUGCUACUCAACUCAGGGAACUUUGUUCUCCGGUCGCCGAAUGGUAGGGACAUAUGGCAGAGCUUUGAUCACCCAACUGACACACUACUUCCAACCAUGAGAUUUUUGGUGAGCUACAAGGCAAAAGUCGUUGGGCGGCUUGUUGCUUGGAAGGGCCAGGAUGACCCGUCCUCUGGAGACUUCUCAUGCAGUGGCGACCCUAGCUCACCGACCCUUCAGCGGUUAAUUUUGCAUGGGACCGUGCCAUAUUGCCGCAGCAACGUCUUGAACGGGGUGUCCGUGUCUGGUGGCACAUACCUAAGCAACACCAGCUCCAUUGUGUAUGAAAUGGCCAUCAACGUCGGGGAUGAAUUCUACUUCAUGUUCACCGUGUCUGACGGCUUACCGGCUACGCGUUUGAUGCUUGACUACACAGGCACAGUGAGGUCCCUAAGCUGGAACUACCAGUUAUUGUCAUGGAAAGUCAUUUCUGAGCGUCCCAAAGCUUCUUGCGACAUCUAUGGCUGGUGUGGUUCGUUCAGCUACUGCGACCUCACUGAUACCAUCCCAACAUGCAAGUGCCUCCAUGGAUUUGAGCCUGACAAUCUUAACUUUUCAAAUUGUCGGAGAACUCAAGAACUGAAAUGCGGCAAGCAAAGUAAGUUUGUGACCUUGCCUGGGCCUGUGCCGGUGCAGAAGCUGACCCAACAAGAUGCUUGAUUUGGAUAGGGGAUCUGAUCGACACGGGGAAGUCCGUUAACUAUGGCGAGAACCUAUACCUUCGCCUUGCAGAGUCUCCUGGAGGGAGUGAUACUACCCACUAUAACUAGCCUUAAUUGGUGGGUGGGAGAGCACUGGUAUAUAGUAUAUUUAGAUGGUGUGAGCUGUGUUUAAAUGGCAACAUUUAAUUACAAGGUAUUGAUAUGCAUAGUCUAUACUCAUUUAAUGUUGUAGAUAGGUCUCUUUUGCAAACAUUUUUUCUCUUUAUAGACCUUACUUAGUGUUGCAGAUUUUUUUUCUUCAAUUUAUUCUGUAGAUAGAUAGAUGUAUGUACAACCAUCAAUUAUUGUUGAUGGCACUUCAUGCUUGCAUUGCAAGGUGUUAGAAAUUUAUUCUCUCAA